GUAGGCAAUGGUGGUGAAGAUGAUGAGGUGGCCACCAUGGCCACCAAUUUCCACCAAGAAAUUUGAGGUAGUUAUUGUUGUAGGCAGGCUUGAGGGAUUGGAUAAAACUCAAUUUGAGGGUGAGAGAAGAGCUGUGGUUGAGGUUAAAUGGAAGGGCCAGAAGGGUAAGGCUUUGGGGUCUUUGAGACGAUCUGUGAAGAGGAAUUUCACCAAAGAAGGUGGAAUUAGCGAUGAUGGGGUGGUGGAAUUGCAAGAGGAGUUUCGGAGUUUGUGCAGUUUUUCUGGUUAUAAAGAGGGUAUGUUUUACCCUUGGGAGCUUUCAUUUACAGUCUUCGAUGCUGAAAACAAAGGAUUGAGAAACAGAGUUGGUGUUUAUGGAUCUGCAUCAUUGAACCUAGCGCAGUAUGCUUCGGUGUCUGAGGAAAAGGAACUUGCGCUCAACAUUCCUCUUAAUGUUCUUGUUGUCUCCUCAGAGUCUAAGCCAUCACUUUCUGUAUGUACUGCCUAUGUUUAA